AGGGCCCCUGGCUUCCAUAGCCCCGUUUCCCCCUCAAGGCACAGAUGGCCUUAUAUUGUCACUGCCCACUUAGGAUCUGUCUCCUCCUGUCCCCUUAAGGACAGAUCCAUCUCCGUAUCCCUAGAAUUGCCCAGAAAAGGGUGGGCAGAGAGCCUCUGUUGAAUAAAGGGGUGGAGCGGGGUACAGGAAGGCAGGGGGCCAUGUAGGGACAGAAGUCUGAAGGCCUCUUGUGCUUGGGGGGUCCUCCUCCCCCUCGCAGCCUGGUUUCCCCUUUGUGGUUUCUCCAGCUCCACCCUCUCAGCCCCUCCACCUUGAUCUGCAUAGCUUCCUGCCCCUGACACUCUGGUCUGCAGCAUCAUGUCACUAACUGUCCAUCUCUCCUAUCUCCUGGCCCUGUUGGUGGCAGGCCUGGCCCAAGGCAUCAAGGGCUCCCUCAGGGGCCAGGACCCAGGUCCCCAGCCUCUGGAGCUGAAAGAGGUCUUCACGUUGUUCCAGAUCCGAUACAACCGGAGCUACUCACACCCAGCAGAGCAUGCUCGCCGCCUGGACAUCUUUGCCGGAAACCUGGCCAAGGCUCAGCAGCUGCAAGAGGAGGACUUGGGCACAGCUGAGUUUGGGGUGACUCCAUUCAGUGACCUCACAGAGGAGGAGUUUGGCCAGCUUUAUGGGCAUCAGAGGGUGGCUGGAGAGGCCCCCAGUGUGAGCCAAAAGGUAGGGUCUGAAGAGUGGGGGCAGUCAGUGCCCCUGACCUGUGACUGGCGGAAGGAAGCUGGCAUCAUCUCAUCCAUCAGGAAUCAGGUAUCUGCCCCCUUGCGGCCUGGCCCAAUCCAGCCCUGGGGGAGGGAGGGGGAGGAGAGGGGCAAGGCCUGCAUUCCCUUCCCCCACCCCCAUCCUUCUACCACUAGCAAAACUGCAACUGUUGCUGGGCCAUGGCAGCAGCGGGCAACAUCGAGGCCCUGUGGGCCAUCAAAUAUCAUCAGUCUCUGGAAGUCUCCGUGCAAGGUGUGGCUGGGGGAGGGGACCUGUGUGACUGAGACGGGGGUGCCUGGGGCCUCGGCACCCACACGGUCCCUGCUCGCACCAGAGCUACUCGACUGUGACCGCUGUGGGAAUGGCUGCAAGGGCGGCUUCGUCUGGGAUGCGUUCGUAACUGUCCUCAACUACAGUGGCCUGGCCAGUGACAAGGACUACCCAUUCAAGGGGAACAGCAAACCCCACAGAUGCCUGGCUAAGAAGCACAAGAAGGUGGCAUGGAUCCAGGAUUUCAUCAUGCUGCAGCCCUGCGAGCAGAGCAUCGCCAGGUACUUGGCCACCCAAGGCCCCAUCACUGUGACCAUCAACAAGAAGCUGCUGCAGCAAUACCAGAAGGGUGUGAUCAAGGCCACACCUACCACCUGUGACCCCCAGCUUGUGGAUCAUUCUGUCCUGCUGGUGGGUUUUGGUAAAAGCAAGUCGGCGGAGGGGAGGCAGGCAGAGGCGGUCUCAUCCUGGUCUCAUCCUCAUCCUCGCUACUCCAUCCCAUACUGGAUCCUGAAGAACUCCUGGGGGGCCAACUGGGGUGAGGAGGGCUAUUUCCGGCUGCACCGAGGGAGUAAUACCUGUGGCAUCACCAAGUACCCAUUCACUGCCAGACUGGACAAACCCGCUGAGAAACACCAAGUCUCCUGCCCUCCCUGAGCCCACCUGGCUGCCCCUCAGCUCUCUCCUGCUGUGCCAGCUACCUCCCUGCUCACCCCACCCCAAGGUUUUUGCCUAUUCUCUCAGUAUUUCUGCUAUGGGUUGAAUAAACCUAGACAAGACCCCUGUCUUCGGAGUGGACUCAGCUGGGGUGGGGAAAUGGAUGGGUGGUACAUAGAUACCAUUCUCUGACACGUCUCAGUCCCUGCGGGGCCAACGGACACAUACAUCCUUAGACACUGUGACACUCA